AUGGAACAGGAAUCAAGUAAGAUUCCUCUCUCCAGAAGGUGCUUCAAGUGGGAGCGCAUUCGUACUUUGUUAUGCUUUGCUGUGGUUACCUGCCUCUUAACGUUCAUCGCUUUCCAGUUUAUCUUCCUCGUCUCAAUGCAUAGGAAACUUGAAGACGUUGAGACCCAGCUCAGGGGAAAAGAAAGUCGACUUGCGACGAUUGAAAGUGAACUUAGAGUGGUUCAGGAUAAAGAACGUAAACCGCGCAGUCAAUGGGAAGGACGACUCACUAUUGCCGAAAACAAGAUAGAAGCAAUUUCCCAAACAGUGAAGUAUGGGAAGUGGGAGCAAACGAAAAAUCAUGAUCGACAGAAGAGGACGACUAACCCGCGUGUUAAUUUGUCAGACCUUGGUAAGAGGGUCAUUGCAGUGGAGAGCAGGUACUAUUGCAAGCUGUUAAUUCAAUUUCGAUUUGUUUUAGCCCCUUGAGUCCCAAAUGGGAGGCCUUUUUCGUGAGUGAAAUUAAGCAGUAUCUCAUUAGGGAAUUAUUUACUCUUGGCAUAAGAGUCAAGGUAGUCUGAUUUGUAUGGCUAAUGUGGACUAAGACCAACGGGCUGCGAUGAGUCCCAGAGUGUAAAUAGAGCAAUUUCGGUUCAAAGAAAUCAGUCGAAUGGCUCCACGAGAGUGGCAAUAAGACUUGAAGUCUACUGAGCUAAAUCGCCACUAAGAGAUUAAAGCACUUUUUUCCUGUCUCUACCGACUUUACAAAAGCACGACUCCUAUCACGCGCGCUAAUGCAGGGUGAAAAAAAGGUGUUUUCCUUUGGGAUUAUCCGGAUCAGGAUCAGUGGCCCGAGAACACUCAGAUUAUGAUGCAUCAAAGGGAUCUAUAAAUCCACUCUGCACAAGGAUUCAUCGCUUUCGUUGGUGCAAUAGAUCCGAUUGAUCUCGGAUCACUGAUCCUGAUCCGGAUGUACCCUAAGAGAACGCAUGCGCGCGCAAGGCAAACGUCUCAUCCGCGUUGACAAUUUCUAAAAUUAGACAAUGAAAAGAUCGCAACUACCAAAAUAAUUCUGUGGAUAAACCUGAGGUGAAACUAUUUUUUUAGCUAAUUACUCAUUAAUUUUAACUUCAAGUAAAGGGAAAACUAGGGAACGUGGUACAAAUUGGCGUUUGCUGUGAUCGGGAUUAUAAAUCUAUCUAAUACCAAGCGACGUCAGUAUUCACGUACUGUACCUCGGUCAGUAACGUUCGGUCCAAUAUGUCUCUAUAACACCACUCACUAAACGUUCGCUCGCGAAAUAUGCCUAUGAUCUGUAAAAAUAACCGAUCAAGGUGGCCGCAAAAUUCAGCACCUGCUGUCUGUUUUUAGUUUGUAAGAGUAGGUCUUGGUCGUUGUUAUCUCGAAUGGCACUGUGUGGUUGUUUUGAGGGAGAAAACGUCACCAAGUUUCCCUUGAGCUUCGAAAUGGUAAAUAAAAAUAGUUAAUAAAAACUGUCUGUUUGAGCAUUUCCAAACAACACCGACCCUUCAGUCUAAAUCACAAGAGUGUGUUCAAGUCCAAAACUAUUCUUCCGCGAUUUUUGUACUUACUUAGCCAUAAGUCUGCCAAACAAGUCGUUAGGCGAAGAAAAUAGCCUACGUGGCAGGCGUUUGAAAGCAAAGGGGAAGGGGAGAGGAAGGGGAUUCCGGGCGCGCGAGGGAGAGGGGAAGGGUAGGGAACAGCUAGACUUUCAGGGUUGCCUUAGUUUUGCAUACAUAACCAGUUGGCAGGAUGGAGAAAAUAAUGGCGCCCUUGGAAAAGUCUCCCUCCUCUCUUCUCCCUCGCGAGCGGUUUCGCGCCCAAAUUCCGUUCCCCUUUCCUUUCGAACGCUGACCAUGCAGGCUACGAAUAAAAUGGAAAAUACGUUUGAAAAUACCACUGAAAAUUUUCCUAACCUCGGUUUACGCGUCGAGAUGAUCAGUUCGCUCGUUAGGACCUUGCCUGUCGUAUCUCGUGGCUGAUGGACGCUAUAAUAUUUCAGGGGACGUGGUUCCAUAUCAAGGGGGUCUUUAGAACGAGCGCUGACCGUAACGUAUACGUAACGGAGAGAAAAUAAGCCAGCAAAAUAUAAAUCUUUAACCGUAAAUGCGCAUGCCACCAGACCUUUAAGACCCUUGUUUGUAAUUUUUAUCUUUUAUUCGUAUUUCAGAAUUGUUGAACUCUCUAAGGACCUGAGCCUGCGGUCCUCUUUUCGAGGUAAAUAGCCACUGAGCCCAUACUCCCUGGUUACGUUUUUGAAGCCAUCUAGGCCGAUACACACGAGGGGUUUUGCUCCCGGAGCAUGCUCCAGGAUCAUUUUGCACGUGUCAGUACACACGAGGGAGCGUUAUUUGCCCCGGGAGCUUGCUCCCAAAUAUUUAACCGGUUAAAUAUCGUGGAGCAUUUUGCGGGGUGGAAAUUCUACUCCCGAGGAUGAAGUAUACCCAUGAAAUCGUUGGUACACAAGGAGGAACUUUGCUCCCGGAGCGUACCCCUGGAGCAUGCUCCGGGAGCAAAAUCCCUCGUGUGUAUCGGCCUUAAAACACUCACAGCACGUGUUUCAUAGUGUUUGAAACAUGUCGUGCGUUGCCCUCGAAUUUCUUUUUUUAAUCCCUGUGACGUACAUGCAAACUGGUACGUCCAUCGUGGUACAAGAGGGAGUGGUGGUUGGAACCCCUAGCAUUUUCUUUACGAUAUUUUUAUUUACGAUAUUUUGCGAUAUUUUGACAAGUUUCUGCCCUUGAUAGAUAGCGUGCUAUGAUAGAAUACAUAUAGAAAAAGUUCUCCUGGGGGCAUUUGAGGUCAUCCAAUAUGGCGGUCUUUUUUAGAUUUUCACUUUUUCCACUAUGGUUUGUUUUUGUCUAGAAAAUUUAAUGACAGAAAUGAGCGUUUAGUCUUGCAAUCAUGCUUUUUUUUUGUUUACCUUUUAGGUCGAGACGGACGGGAUGGUAUGCCAGGACCACCCGGACCUGCUGGUAAUUAAUACUCAGUGGAAGGUCGAAAUGUUCCCUCGCAACGCCUUUUUUUUUAAAUUUACAUUUUCAUUAUCAUUAUCAUUGUUAACAGUCGAACGCCAUAACAUGUAGCUAUUGCUAGUUAAGGGACUCAGCUGGGACAGGACCCCAUUUAAAGGACUUUCACAGCAAGUCAAUUAAGUGUCUAGGUUACUCAGUCAAAAAGAGAAACCCCUCCAACCAACAACAAAGACUGGGAUACCGGAGGUUCCCACUAUACUUCUUCACUCGCUUAUGAGAGGUUUGACAGCAUUCCUAGCUCCUCUUAUAAGGACAUUCUCCCUUCAUGUUUUAUCUUCUAAGGGUGAUAGUUAAGUUAUUGUGAGGCAUGCUUAACACACAGAAUGAGAAUUUCGUGAAGUUUACGUCCUCAGGAAGGUUUCUUACCUCUUAGGACGAGACGGUAGAGACGGGAGACAAGGACCCGCGGGACCACGAGGACUUACGGGACCAAAAGGUAGCCGGAUACCAGAUAAAUCUAAAGGGGUAGAGCGCUUUAUAGAAUUCUCUUCGCGAGUAGUUGCUAACUCAUCAGGGACGGUGGAGCCGGGGGGCUUACAUUAUGGGGGCUUAAGAUUUUUACGUGGAACGUCUCCUCAGGCUCCUUACUUCGAGUCGCUAGUCAGCCCCCCGCUCCUUACCACCCCCCUUACCCUUAAAAAAUAUAUUCCGCUGCCUCUGCUAAUACCGUCAUACUACCAUAGUAGGGGUUGUUAUAUGAUAACAACUGGUCAUUACAGGUCGAAGCUCAAAGCAAAAUAGGUUAGGAGAACUUUAAUCGAGAUCUUUAAACGCAGCAAUUAACAUCACUAACCCAGACAAACGUGAGAUUAUUGUAGGAGUGAUUACAUGGGUCCCCACUAACGUUCUGGGCACUACCCGCUAACGCAAUUGGCAGUUUUUUUGUUUUGUAGCAAACACGUUCCCGCGCGAGCAAGCAAGGGCCAAAAGUUUAGGCACGAGCAAAACAAUUAAGGACAUCUUGUAUCUAGCUUGCAGGGGAACGCUUGCUAAGUUGCUUGUUUAUUGAUUUAGGUCUCCUAGCAUUCUUCAUGUAAUGAACAUGUAACAGGUAUACGCCACUUGACAUCUCCCAUAAUGCACCUUAUUUUCCCCCCAAAAUUUUGCAUAACCUUUGUUUUUCAUUUCAGUUUUACAGCCGUCCCAAAAGAAACUGAAAACAACGGUUAUGCAAAAUUUUAGGGGGCAAAUAAGGUACAUUAUGAGAUAUAUACAAGUGGUGUAUGCUAGAAAUAAUUUAUAAUCUGAAUCCGAAUAAUAAACCACCUGACUUAUUUUCUCGCGAAACGUCGCUAAUAUAAUACUAUGAACUGUUAUCAUCGGAUAUCUGAUUCAAAAAAGUGAGAUCUAGCAGAAACGCCCGGUUAACAAAAACGAAACUUCACAAUAAUAGUUAUUUCAGGAAAAGAGAAUAGAUUAAACCGGUCCUACUGCCUGCGGAAGUCAGUUAUAAAUAAAGCUCGCAAAAGCAAAUUCACUCUCGAAACGCUUGGAAAAGGAUAAACUAUGUGCAAAACAUAGUGCUUCCGUUUUUGAUGAAAGCGCAUAUGUGGUCUUUUUUAGCUUCUACAUCGAUAACCAUCAAUAAUGCUCUCAAUUAAACUGAUAGUAACAAGUUUAGUCUCAACUUAACAUUAAACCACAACUAGCAGAAUUUGGAAUUGAUUAGCGGAUGAACUAUAUUUGAGCUCAUCGACCUUAGCUUCCUUUAAAUCGGUUAUUUUUAAUUAUUAUAAGUCUGCGUUAGCUGUUUUCCUAUGAUUGUGAAGACCCACGUUCGUUCAAGUCUAUCUGUUUAAAAUGUAAUAGUGCUCGUCCCUUGUCUCGUCCAAUAACCUGUUGUACGUAGCUGUAGUUUUUCUUGUAUCACUUUGUUUUUUAAUAUUUCUUGUUUUUUUUAUUAUUAUUUGUAGUAGUAGUAUCCUGGCCCGCUGUAAUUGGCCACAGCUGUUGCGGCGUCCCCGCCAACGUUCUUUCUGUUUGUUUGUUUUUUUAGCGAAGCUAAUAAAAUAAAAUAACUUGUCCAACAUACUUUUUAAUGGCCGUAAUAAUGUUCGUCCCGGAUUAUUUAGACGCUAUUUUCCUAGAAACACAGUGUAAUGUAUUUUUUCCCGCGCUUUAUAGGGAACGAAGGUCCAACGGGGAUUCCUGGACCUGUGGGUCCUUCUGGGCCUAAAGGAGACAGAGGAGCUGAAGGACAGGCGCAGUCAGGUGUGACGUAUAACCGAUGGGGACGAACUAACUGCUCAGGAGACGCCUCAGUUGUGUACACUGGUAUGAGGAUUACAAGUAUAUAUAUUUAUAAAACGAUAGAAAAUAAAAAGACUUGGAAGUUUAUGCAGCUAAAUCAGUACUAUCUACUCAGAGACAGUGAGCCCAUUACCAGGAGCGUUCACGUGUACCUUGCGUAAGAGCCUCGCCCAUAAUCCGGAGCGAGCAACUCCCAUAUUAGGCCUGUGAAAUGGCGUUUUUACGGACUGGUUUAUUUUGAGAGCAAUAAUUCUCGUGAAAAGUUGCUCCGUUCUUGAGUUUAAUCAAAGUAUAAAGAAAACUAAACAUCCGUAAUUUUUCGGUCUGCAGGUUUUGCUUACUACCAAAAUCGUUAAAUAAACGGGUCGGUAAAAACGCCUUGACACGAUUCAUGGAAGUUGCUCGCUCCGGGUAUUGGGCUUCUGCCUUCCAUGUAUUCGUGUCACAGCCCUACCAAGAUUUCCUUCCUUGCCAAUUCGGGACAAAUACAGCAUUUGCCAUCUUUGCCCCUGAUUUUUUCCAAGUUGUUUCUGUUUGCAUGAUAUUUGCCCCAAGUAAAUUUAUUUUUUUCAUAAUUGCUUAUCCCAGGAGCCUAUCUCCUACUUAUCCUGGUUCCAGGGGGGUACUCUGGAAUCUGGAUUUCAAUUGACGGGGAUGAUCGAAUGGGGGUAAAAAUCAAAACCAAAAAAUCGCUAGGGCUUCCAACUAAACCAAUAAAAAUCCCUGGGCUAAAAGCUAACCCCCAAAAAAUCCCAUGCCGAUAUUUAGAACCUAGAACGCAUCAAAUGAUAUAAAAAUAAAAUUGAAAAAAAUUAGAAAUUGAAUGUUUGUCUUUACAUCGAAAAUUAGAUUGUUUUGAACACCUAAAAUAUCCCUUAUCAAAUCAAGCCACGCAAAGUAAUACCGUCCAAAAAAAUCCCGGAAUCGGAAAUUUUAUCCCCGUCACUUGAAAUCUGGAUACCCCCCCCCCCCCCCCCCCCCCCCCCCCCCCGCCCGCCCCUUCCAUUACCUUUUUUCUUUUUUUUUCCCGGUGCCCGCUAUCUAAUAUAUACAACACAAAAAAAAAAAUUUUUCAAACAACACCCCCUAUUUACUAUCAUUUCUUUUUUUUUUUUUUUUUUGUGGGGCGGGGUGUGUUUUUUUUUGUUUGGUGGGGGGAUGGUUUUUUUUACCCCCCCCCCCCCCCCCCCCGGCGGGAUCCUGGUAAUUCAACUUGUUCAUACUAACUGCUUUAUUCCGGGGAUGACCAUAAUUUAACGGGACAGUCAAAUGUAAUACCUUUUACGACAGACACUCUUUUAAAUGCCAUUUUUCCCGUGUUUUCACAGGUGUGAUGGGCAGUGGUUUUUAUAAUCAUCCCGGUGGAGGAUCUAAUUUUGUUUGUCUUCCCGACAACCCUGUUUAUGACAAGUACAUCCAAGGCUGGCAGGGAACCGGAGCGAUAUACGGCACGGAGUAUGAGACAGGCAAUUUCCCAGGCUUUAGCAAAAAUCUUAAUGACCAGGAUGCUCCUUGCGCCGUGUGUUACGUCAAGUCACGUGGUUCCCAAAUGAUGAUCCCUGCAACCAACAAGUGUCCCUCGGGAUGGACCAAAGAGUACCACGGGUACUUGAUGACAUCUCACUAUGGCCACAAGCAUACCAGCGAAUUUGUGUGCAUUGAUGUGAAUGCUGAGGCCGUCCCGGGUGGCCAUAGUAACACAAAUGGAGCAUUGUUAUACCUAGUGCAAGUUAAUUGCGGUUACGGUAUACCGUGCGUUCCUUAUGUUGAAGGGAAAGAACUGACGUGUGUAGUUUGUACCAAAUAG